AUGGCGCAGAUCUCAGCUAUGGCAGAGAAGGUGACUGCGAGUGGUCAGUCUCCGCGAAACCGGCAGCAUUCGAAGGUCUCGAACAGUGUUCUGGCCUUGAAACUUGUGACUCAGGCCCAUAAUCGGAGCAAGAUCGUCUCCUCGUCCCUCGAUAAGGAAUACGCCGGCAUCACCGGUGUGCCCUCGUUCACAAAGGCCGCGGCGCUGCUCGCCUACGGGCCCAACUCGAAACCGAUCCAGGAAGACCGCGUCGCCAUCAUCCAGUCCAUCUCCGGCACCGGCGCGCUGAGAAUAGGCGGUGCUUUCCUCGAACGCUUCUACCCGGGCGCAAAGACCAUCUACAUCCCCACCCGCCGUCGUCUCCGACUCGGGGUCGAGGUCAAGCAGUACAAGUACUACAAUACGGACACCAUCGGGCUGGACUUUGACGGCAUGAUCGCGGACCUCGUCAAACCCGAAGGUGACUACGUCCCCUGGGACUGCUAA